AUGAUAUGGGACGCAAAAUUAGAAAUACUCAAGUUUCCAUACAGUUGGGCGGAGAAAGUAGAAGAGGAAGAGAAAGAAACAGAGAGAUUUUCCAUACUGAACCAAACUUCUCAACAAGAAGACACAACUCGCGAGAAAGUGGCUGAAAAGGGCGAAGCAACGCCAAAGAUUGCUCUUGACUAUAGCAGCAAAACUCCAGAGCUGCAUCAAGAUUCGAAAGCAGAAGAUGAGACAAAAACCAAAGCAUUAGAAGUUAGCAUGUUGGGAACAAAGCAGAUAAAAGCACAGUCUUUAUGUGACGGAGAAAAUGAAAACGAUGAUUACUUUGUGCCAAGAAAGCUUUUUCUCUUUGGAAUUGAAGAAUUCAAGGGAAUAAUAGUUAUUUAUCCCAAUGAAGAAAUCUCUCUUAUCAGAGUAUUUAUGAACCUUAAUCGACUCCAAAUGUGA